AUGGCUACUUCCAACCGAGGACCCCCGGGCACUGUUGCCGCCAACAAGGAAGGCAUUCCGAACCGCACUCUCUAUGUACGGAACCUCAACGACAAGCUGCCCAAGGAAGACUUGAAGCGGAGCCUCUAUAUGCUUUUCGCGACCUAUGGCGUUGUGCUCGACGUGGUGGCAUUGAAGACUGCAAAGAUGCGUGGCCAGGCGCACGUCGUAUUCCGAGAUCUCGAUGCCUCAACACAGGCUAUGCGCGCACUGCAAGGCUUCACUUUCUUUGGCAAGGAUAUGCAAAUCGCCUACGCCAAAACAAAGUCAGACACCAUCGCCAAGCUCGACGGAACGUACAAGAUGCCUGAGCCCGAGCGAGAGGCCGAGCCAGAACAGACUACGGCACAAGCAAAAGGCUUCGGCGCCGCUCCUGAGAAGGCAGUACCCGUCAAUGCCCAAGAUUCCGCAAAGGGUCAGAAGAGGGCACGCGACGAGGAGGAAGAGGAGGAGGAUGACGCAGAGAUGGAGAUGGAUGUCAGCGACUCAGACUGA